AUGUCUAACAAUAGCACAGUACAGAAGUCCAAUUCUAAUCAAGAAGAACUUAAUAUGAUUCGCAGUGUUAAGCUAAUUGGAUUUCGGGGUCUCAAUCUAGAACCUUAUGUCAGUGCUUUUCAACUUGUCUCUAACUACUCAUCAUCAAGUGGAAAUGUAAAUGUUCAAAAUCUACCAAGACUGCCAGUACCAAAGCUCAAUGAUACAUUGGCGAAAUAUCUUAAGACUGUAAGACCAUUCCUCAAUGAUGAUGAAUUUACUACUACAACAAAACUUGUAAAAGAAUUUUGUUCUCAAGGUGGUGUUGGCAUAAAAUUACAGAAUCUACUUGAAAAAAGGGCUGAGAAGCAUUUAAAUUGGCUAGAAGAGUGGUGGCUCAAGACUGCAUAUUUAGAAUAUAGAGAUCCAGUUGUUGUAUUUUCUAGCCCAGGACUAGUGUUUCCCUUUCGGAAAUUCCAUAGUCAAAAUGACCAGUUGCAAUAUGCUGCAAAAACGUUGUUAGCAGCACUCGACUACAAGGCUUUAAUAGAUGGGAACAAAAUUCCAAUGGAGAUGAUGGGUAAAAGUCCCUUAGAUAUGGCGCAGUACAAAAAGAUAUUUGGAACAUGCAGAAUCCCAGGUGAAAAAUGUGAUCAGCUGUCUUUUAAUGACAGUAAAUAUGUUACAGUCUGCCAUAAUAAUUAUAUUUUCCAUGUUGACCUCUGGGGUGAUGACAACAAACGAUUGAAUCAGGAUCAAAUUGUUCAUGCGUUGAAAAAAGUGAUAGAGCUUUCUAAAACCCCCACAAAUGAUGCUAUUGGUGUGCUUACAUCAGACAGUCGGGAUAACUGGGCUAAAGCUUAUCAAGCCCUGAGUAAAGAUGAGGUUAAUAGACAGUCCCUACUGGACGUGGAGAGGAGCCUUGUGGUGCUAUGCCUCGAUGCCCCUUCGGGCUUGUGGAAUCGCAGUGAUAAAUGCGCUCGCCAGAGUCUGGCUGCGGCGCAAACCAUACACGGCGGGGGCAGCAGCAGCAAUGCGGGCAACCGUUGGUUCGACAAGACUAUACAGUUUAUUGUCGGCGCCGACGGCAUAACGGGCUUAACGUAUGAACACUCACCUGCCGAGGGACAGCCUAUAGCUGUCUUGACCGAUUUUAUAAUAAACUACAUUGAUCAAGGCAAAUCCAGCAAUGAAUCAUCUAAGUCGCCUAAGGAGCCCGUUAAACUAAAUUUCAAUGUGAAUUCUGAUGUCGGUAAUAUGAUAAAGACUGCCAAGAGCAACAUUGACAAAUUGGUCGCAGAUUUAGAAUUGAACUGUUUUACAUACGACAAAUACGGAAAGAACUUUAUCAAAUCCCAAAAACUAAGUCCAGACAGUUACCUGCAAAUGGCUAUGCAAUACGCUUUUUACAGGCUUCACAAGACACCGGGCGCACACUACGAGUCGGCUGCGACGCGUAUGUACGUGGGUGGCCGAACGGAGACAAUCCGCUCCUGUUCGGUGGAGUCCAUAGAGUUCGCGAAGACCAUGCUCGACAAUCGCAGCGCGCCCCAGGACAAGCUGAAAGCAAUGAGCGCGGCCGUCAAAGCCCACAAGGACUACACGGUCCAGGCUUUGCAAGGUUUCGGUGUCGAUAGACAUUUACUAGGGUUGAAAUUAACUGCUAUUGAAAACAAAAUGGACAUACCAGCAUUGUACUCCGAUGCUGGAUAUAAGCGCAGUGCUCACAUGAGACUUUCUACUAGCCAGGUGGCCUGCAAGUGCGAUGGCUUUAUGUGUUACGGGCCUUUAGUCACCGACGGCUACGCAACAUGUUACAACCCAAGAGACAACGAUGUUAAUUUUGCAACUGCCGCCUUCGUCACCAACCCGGACACUAGCUGCGAUAAAUAUAGGAAAGCCCUUGAACAAUCUCUACAAGACAUGCACGAUGUUCUUUUACAAACCACCAAAGCGAAAUUG